AUGAAUCAUCCAGAGAGCGUCACGAUUAUAGACGGGACGGCUUGCUUAGGCAAGACGUCCGUGCUUAAGAGAAUAAGUCUUCAAUACCCGAAUGUGGUAAUUGGAGAUUUUGCAGAAGAUGUCCGACUGUACCCAGUCUUCAAAGACAAGAAUACCGAUGGUGCCAUCGACAUCGCGUAUACUAUUUUCCAAUUGUCCAAACUACAAGCAGGAUCAAUUCACGAUAGAGGGCCCUUAA